AUGGGGUUUGUCAGCUGGGUGAUGCUGGCUAAUUUUGAACCUUCUCAAACGUAUGGGCAGAACCGACUGACGAUCUACUUUAUUGUCCCGCUCAUGGUUGGAUUUGUAGUCAUGUUUUGUAUGAACUAUACCAUUCAACUGUAUUUGAUGUUACUGGGAGGACUCGGUGGGCUGGCGUUUGGACUCUGGAUUUUGGGAUGGAAAUCUGACCUGGCUAUUACAUCCUCUUGGGGACGGGCAGUCUUUCUCACUGUGUGGGUGGUGGUGUGUAUGAUGCUCUCGUUGUAUUCGUGCUUUUGGCAUAAAAUGGGCGCAGCGGUAGCAGGAUCGUAUUUGUUUUUUAUGGGCCUUGAUAUUUUUUUCCAUACAGGAUUUUUGUAUUGUAUCACAACGACGUUGGAUGCUAACCCAAAUCAUGCGCAUCGAUAUGAAGUGUAUCGAGGAGUCUACAUUAUGCAAGCUUGUUUAAUCAUUUCGUUCAUGAUCACCUAUAUAUUCCAAAGCUUGGGUCAUCGUCCUGAGCAUAUUCGUCUUCAACAUUCCGUAGUGAUGGAUACGAUGAAGAAUCCACUUUACAAAUCACAUCUGAUACCGACGCAACGAUUUAUUCCAGCAGGUAUGGUACGCACAGGCUGGCGAUCCAACUGGCCUUUCUUUGGAAGAACGGUGGUACCUCCUCCUCCUCCACCACCAGCACCCGUGGCUGCUGUCGUCUAA